GUAGUUUAUUUACUUAUAAAGUUGAUUUCAGAUUGUUAUGAUUAUAACCAGGAUAAAAUGAGCCAAACUCCUGUCAUGGAAGGACAAUCUAAAACCAAAACAAAACGGUUUAAAGUCAAACACCCGAAGCGGAAACUAUUCCGAGCGAGUGAGCCCCUUCUUUCUGUGUUUAUGUGGGGCGUGAACCACUCUGUGAGGGAAUUGCAGCAUGUCCACGCCCCCGUUAUGCUGAUGCCAGACGACUUCAGAUCUUUUUCUAAAAUCAAGAUUGACAAUUAUGCUUUCAAUAAGGAAAACCUUCCCAGUCAUUUUAAGGUGAAGGAGUAUUGCCCCCUUGUGUUUCGAAACCUGCGGGAAAGAUUUGGAAUCUAUGAUGAAGAUUUCCUGUCCUCCCUCAUCAAGUGCCCUAAACCAAUGGACGCUCAUAAAAGUGGAGGAAAGUGCUAUCUCAGUUAUGAUGGAAUAUAUGUGAUCAACACCCUUACCACGGACCAGGUUGAAGAAAUGCAUUGUUAUCUCAAGCACUAUCAUCCUUAUGUAGUAGAGCGACACGGGAAAACAUUACUUCCCCAGUAUCUAGCCAUGUACAGGCUAACAGUAGACAAUAUAGAGACCUAUCUGGUGGUUAUGAGGAAUGUGUUCAGCUCUCAUAUGAGAAUUCAUAAAAAAUAUGAUCUGAAGGGAUCAACAGUCGACAGAGAGGCUAGUGACAAGGAACGAGAGAAGAGCUUGCCUACCCUAAAGGAUAAUGAUUUCCUGGGAGAUAAUUUGAAGAUUUGUAUUGGAGAGGAGGCCAAGGAGAAACUAUUGGAGACACUAGCUGCUGAUGCAGAGUUCCUUGCUAGGUUGAAUAUAAUGGAUUACUCGCUACUGCUCGGGAUCCACGACCUCGACCUCGGUGCAGAGGAGGUCCUCGAGAUGGUGGAGGAGGACGAGGAGGAUGAUGAAUAUGACUCUGGAGGAUCUGGAGGUGGGAAUGCAUUAACUCCUCCUGAUAGCCCUGGAUCUCCUAGACAUAGGCUUUCAGAGCAGAGAACAAACUUCAGACGAGCUAACUCUACAGUCAACGGGGGAAUUAACCCCGACAAGGAUAUAUACGCUAUUCCUUCAAGGCCGGGUCCCGGGAACUCUCAAAAUAAUGUUUAUUUUCUCUCAAUUGUUGAUGUUUUAACCCACUACGGAAUGAAGAAGGCCGCGGCAAAGGCGGCUAAAACCAUGAAGUACGGGAGUGGAGUGGAAGGCAUAUCAACAGUUGAACCGGAGCAGUACGCUAAACGAUUCAUUGCAUUCAUCGCUGAAGCGAUCGAGUAACUGGGGUCUAUUGUGAACAUUUAUAUAUUGAGUAACUGUGGUCUAUUGUGAACAUCUGUACAUCGAGUAACUGGGGUUUAUUGUGAACAUAUAUAAAUUGAUUAACUGGGGUCUAAUGUGAACACAUAUAUACUAAGUAACUAGGAUCUAUUGUGUACAUAUAUGUACCUUGAGUAACUAGGUUCUAUUGUAAACAUCUGUACAUUGAGUAACGGGUGUCUAUUCUGAACAUCUAUAUAUUAAGUAACUAGGGUCUAUUGUAAACAUCUAUAUAUUGAGUAACUAGGGUCUAUUGUGAACAUCUAUAUAUUGAGUAACUAGGGUCUAUUGUGAACAUCUGUAUAUUGAGUAACCGGGUCUUUUUUGAACAUACACGUCAUGAGUAACUGGGGUCUAUUCUAAACACUUGUAUAUUUAGGUCAUUCUAAAGCGUAUAGUGUACAGUACAGUAUACAUAGAGUAAAGUAUAAAGUGUACUUUAAGAGUGUAUAAUAUAACAAUUUACUCAGAUUUACUGCACAACUAUUAUUGAGUAAAUAUGGAGUAAAGAAAUAACUUCCUCUGAAGAAUGUAAAAGAAAUCAAAAAAAAAAGUUUCCCUACAAUUGAAACAUGUAUUUACUUGAUAUUCAAUAUUUUCUUUGUUAAAAAUUCGCGAGCGAAGGGUUGUUGUUUUAGUGUUAAUGAUACAAAUUCUGUUGUGAAUAGAUAAGAUUUGUGUUGUGAAAUAUCAAAUAAAUAUGUUUAGCAAAUGGAAAAUUUUUGCAUAAUAACCUGUUCAAGUUUUUUGCCGGUUUUUUUAAGUGGGUUAACAUAUUAUGAAUUAGAGGUUCUAUUCUAUUUUAUGUUGAAUUCAACAAGGUUCAUGUAUUUUGUAUUGUUCACUGUGUAGUGUGUAGUGAAUGGUCUUGUAUUUAAUUCUGUAGAUAAAUUUACUAAAAUGUAUUUUGUAUUGUUCACUGUGUACUGUGUAGUGAAUGGUCUUGUUUUUAAUUCUGUAGAUAAAUUUACUAAAAUGUAUUUUGUAUUGUUCACUGUGUACUGUGUAGUGAAUGGUCUUGUAUUUAAUUCUGUAGAUAAAUUUACUAAAAUGUAUUAUUAUUAUUAUCAGACAGAGUUAAAGUUUAUUGGCUAGCAUUUUAGUUCUUCAAAAAUCAGACAAAAAAAUCUAUUUUGAUUUUUGAAAAGAGCUUUAUCCCCCCACCCCUUUGCUCUCCAUUUUAACCUGUAUUUAGAUAAAUCAAAAUGCUAUUUAUGACGACAAAAUUUGCAAGACAUUUACAGUGAUGUAGCAUUCACUAAAAUCUUACAACCGUUUUCAAAUAAUUCACAUUUACACUAAGCAAUGCACAGAAAAUAUAAUAGGAAUGUACAUGAUAUGUUUUUAAUAAUAUUGUGUACAUUUUAAUUAUAAACUUUAAUAAUUUUAAAAAUAAUUCCCAACGCUUACAAUACGGAAACUUUAAGGUUAUCAAACACAUUCAUAUCGCAAGAAAAAAAGAUCGUAAUUUUAAUUACACCUUCAAUUGAAGAGUGACAUAAACAACAUAAAGACUGUGAAUUGUUUAUGGCAUUCCUUUUGUACAGAUGUACUUAAAGUAACAGUAAUAAUUCCCUUUAAUAAAAAUUAAAUGUUUACAGUAAAGUCAAGUCUAUUCAAAAUCUGAAUUAUGUUGUUAACAAUUAAUCAUUCCAUUUAAUGCAAAUUUUUAUUUUAGUUAUUACUUUUCUCGCUUCAAGAAUGCAAUGGAAAAUAAAUAUUUUUUUUUAAAACCCAGCUUAUUUUGCAAUUGCAUCCAUGUCUAAAGUAAUUGACUUAUCAUAUUGCUUAUUAAUAAAAGAAAAUACUCAUCAUUUCUUAACUUUUGUAUUACUAUUUUAUUUGAUAAAGAAUGUUGCUAAACAUGUAUUUUGUUCUUAAUAUUGUUUAAAUCUGUGUUCAUUUCUCAAAUAAUCGCUUUAUCAUUAAUGCUUUUAACCUUUUAUUGUAUAUUCUAGGGCACAAAAAUCUCAAAGGCUUCUCUGUAAUGUAAUUUAUAAAUUGGAAUUAAAAUUUAAAUCAAAACUUUAAAAAUGCUGCUUGAAAAGUCAAGAACCUAAAGAUUAAAUGAUCAAUAAAAGAAAAAUUGG